GGAGCCGCCGCGGCCGGACCCGAUGCCGGGAGCUGGGCGCUGAGGGCGGCCCCGACAUGGGGGUUCUCAGCAUCACGGACCAGCCCCCUCUGGUCCAAGCCAUCUUUAACCGGGAUGUGGAGGAGGUUCGGUCGCUGCUCAAUCAGAAGGAGAACAUCAAUGUGCUGGAUCAGGAACGCCGGACCCCUCUCCACGCUGCUGCCUACAUCGGAGACGUUGCAAUCCUCGAGCUGCUCAUCCUGUCAGGUGCUAACGUGAACGCCAAGGACACGGUGUGGCUGACGCCGCUGCACCGCGCCGCGGCCUCGCGCCACGAGAAAGCCCUCCAGCUGCUCCUGAAGCACUCGGCCGAUGCCAACGCGCGGGACAAGCACUGGCAGACCCCGCUGCACGUGGCCGCCGCCAACCGGGCCACCAAGUGCGUGGAGGCGCUGCUGCCGCUGCUCAGCACCGUCAACGUGGCCGACCGCACCGGGCGCACGGCGCUGCACCACGCCGUGCACAGCGGCCACCUGGAGAUGGUGAACCUGCUGCUCAACAAAGGUGCCAGCCCCAGCACGUGUGACAAGAAGGACAGACAGCCCCUGCACUGGGCGGCCUUCCUGGGUCACCUGGAGGUGCUGAAGCUGCUGGUGGCGCGCGGGGCCGAUGUCAUGUGCAAGGACAGGAAGGGUUACACGCUGCUGCACACGGCGGCCGCCAGCGGCCAGAUCGAGGUCGUGCGUCACCUCCUCAGGCUGGGGGUGGAGAUCGACGAGCCCAACUCCUUCGGGAACACGGCGCUGCACAUCGCCUGCUACAUGGGGCAGGACGCGGUGGCCAACGAGCUGGUCAACGUGGGGGCCAACGUCAACCAGCCCAACGAGAAGGGCUUCACCCCCCUGCACUUCGCCGCCGUCUCCACCAACGGCGCCCUGUGCCUCGAGAUCCUCGUCAACAACGGCGCCGACGUCAACUUCCAGAGCAAGGAAGGGAAGAGCCCCCUGCACAUGGCGGCGAUCCACGGACGGUUCACGCGCUCGCAGAUCCUCAUCCAGAAUGGCAGUGAGAUCGACUGUGCCGACAAGUACGGCAACACCCCCCUGCACGUCGCUGCUAGAUACGGCCACGAGCUGCUAAUUAGUACGUUAAUGACCAAUGGUGCUGACACUGCCAGGCGCGGCAUCCACGACAUGUUCCCCCUGCACUUGGCCGUUCUCUUCGGGUUCUCCGACUGUUGUCGCAAGCUGCUUUCCUCAGGUCAGUUGUACAGCAUCGUGUCCUCGCUGAGCAACGAGCACGUGCUGAGCGCCGGCUUCGACAUCAACACCCCCGACAACCUGGGCAGGACCUGUCUGCACGCUGCUGCUUCCGGAGGGAACGUUGAAUGUCUGAACCUGCUGCUGAGCAGCGGCGCCGACCUGCGGAGGAGGGACAAGUUCGGGAGGACCCCCCUGCACUACGCGGCGGCCAACGGCAGCUACCAGUGCACGGUGACGCUGGUGACGGCCGGGGCCGGCGUCAACGAGGCCGACGGCAAAGGCUGCACGGCGCUGCACUACGCGGCCGCCUCCGACACCUACCGCAGAGCCGAGGCUCACUCAGGACCCAGCGAGGAGGAGCCCCUGAAGGAGUCGAGGCUGAAGGAGGCGUUCUUCUGUCUGGAAUUCCUGCUGGACAACGGUGCUGACCCCUCCCUGCGGGACAAGCAGGGCUACACCGCCGUCCACUACGCGGCCGCCUACGGCAACCGGCAGAACCUCGAGCUGCUCCUGGAAAUGUCCUUUAACUGCCUGGAGGAUGUGGAAAGCACCGUUCCAGUCAGCCCUUUGCAACUUAGCUGUGAGUCCUGCGGGUCCUGGAGGGCCUACAAUGGUCACUGUGAAGCCCUCAAGGCUCUGGCCGAGACGCUGGUGAACCUGGACGUGCGGGACCACAAGGGCCGCACCGCGCUCUACCUGGCCACGGAGCGCGGCGCCAGCGAGUGCGUGCAGGUGCUCACCAGCCACGGCGCCUCCGCCCUGGUCAAGGAGAGGAAGAGGAAGUGGACGCCUCUCCACGCUGCAGCUGCCAACGGGAACACGGAUUCCCUGCACCUCCUGAUCGACAGCGGCGAGCGGGCGGACAUCACCGACGUCAUGGACAUCCACGGCCAGACCCCUCUGAUGCUGGCCAUCAUGAACGGCCACGUGGACUGUGUCCAUCUCCUGCUGGACAAGGGCUCCACGGCCGACGCCGCCGACAAGAGGGGCCGGACCGCGCUGCACCGGGGGGGGCUGUGUGUGUGUCCCCAGGCUGUGACUGGCUGCGAGGACUGCCUGGCCGCCCUGCUGGACCACGAUGCCUUCGUCCUGUGCCGGGACUUCAAGGGCCGCACCCCGAUCCACUUCGCCUCGGCCUGCGGGCACCUGGAGGUGCUGCGGACGCUGCUGCGCGCGGCGCUGUCCACCGACCCGCUGGACGCCGUGGUGGACUACAGCGGCUACUCGCCCAUGCACUGGGCCUCCUACAGUGGGCACGAAGAUUGUCUUGAAUUGUUACUUGAACACAACCCGUUCGCUUACCUGGAAGGAAACCCCUUUACUCCAUUGCACUGUGCAGUAAUUAACAACCAGGACGGCACUGCUGAAAUGCUGCUGGAAGCAUUGGGUGCCAAGAUUGUCAAUAGCAGAGAUGCCAAAGGAAGGACCCCCCUCCACGCCGCCGCCUUCGCCGACAACGUGCGGGGGCUGCGGCUGCUGCUGCGCCACCAGGCCCUGGUGGACCCGGCCGACAAGAUGGGCAGGACCCCGCUGAUGGUGGCAUCGGAGCACGGGCACGCGGCGGCACUGGAGUUCCUGCUGUUCCAGGCGAAAGCGAACAUUGCUGUGCUGGACGUCAACAAGAACACAGCUCUUCACCUGGCCUGCAGCAAGGGCCAUGAAAAGUGUGCCUUGUUGAUCCUGGGGGAAACCCAAGACCUUGGCCUUAUCAAUGCAAGUAACAGUGCUCUGCAGAUGCCGCUGCACAUCGCGGCGCGGAACGGCCUGGCCUCGGUGGUGCAGGCCCUGCUCAGCCGCGGGGCCACCGUGCUGGCUGUGGAUGAAGAAGGUCACACCCCAGCCCUGGCGUGCGCCCCCAACAAGGACGUUGCCGACUGCCUGGCACUGAUCCUCUCCACCAUGAAGCCUUUCCCGCCCAAGGACGCGCUCGGCUCCUUCAGCCUCAGCCUCCUCACGAACUGCGGCAUCGCGGCCAAGGCGGCGGUGCCGGCGUGCGGGGCCCUCCCGAACGGCUCCUCCUGCCCCUACUCCAAGGAACGCCACAGCGCCAUCGGCCUGGACGGCUGCUACUCGGAGUGACCUCCUCCUCCUCCUCCCCCGACCACGGGUGACCCGAUAUCUUUAUUCUAUUUAUUUAGAAAUUCUAUAAAUAUAGGGCACUUUAAAGGAGAACAA